AUGAACACCAACCUCACAUAUGAUUCUGGCGAGCCAAUGUUGCCAACUCUACACCAUGAAUGCAUUCGCGUACCAGUGACAGCACUGGCCUCUUGCGGCGCUCUGCUGAUCGCUGCAGAAGGCCCCUUUUUACGCUUCCACCAUGCCAGCGACUCGCGGUACAUCUCUUCGGAGCGCGUCUUCAAAGCUCAAGCAAUCCAUGGAAUACGCGUCUUUUCGGAAGAGCAUGCGCACGUUAUCAAACUGGUCAUCUGGGGUGGAAGACUGGUCCGCGCCCUCGAGAUUGACUUUGCAGAUCAAGUUGGCCAACAAGGCCUGAGCCUAUGUUUCUCCAACGUCGCGAAAGCUUCAGAUUGGAUUCUUGAUCUCGCUCCUCGUCCCAAAGGCCUGGAUGACGAUGCUCAGUACCACAAAGGAUCCUGCAUGGCUGUCACUGCUCAUAACGCACUGCUGCACGUUGAGAUGGAACAAAGGACGUCGGACGACUUCCACAUGACCAAGUGCGCAUACCACACAUUGAUCCGUUGGAGUGGCGCUGAUAGUAAAGUCACCGCUUCCCCGUUAUUGCGCAUCCUGCAGGCAGAGAAGAACUUACGUGGUGCGAUCGCUGAGUAUACUGUACACGACAUAUUAUCAUGGGCGCAAGUGGCCGAGCCUGAUCCAAACAGGCCUGAAUUUGUGGACGGUCCAAAGUCCCCAAGGAAAGCAGAGUUCUUCAGGAGCUAUUGCUUUGUCGAUGAAACCUCAUUUCUGCUUACUACUAACUCUGGAAACGUACUUAUCGGCGCCAUUUCGUCCAGGACAGCCCCAUGUCAAUCAAGCCUCCUUUCAAACUCAAAGUUACUCGAUGAACUGAAAGAUCUUUCUGGUUAUUCUGUCUGCACGAGUGGCUGCCGUCCUGGUUUCGCUUACAUCGCUGGUAGUAGCGGCAACAUCUACGUGUACAGUAAGGAGUCUAAUACCCUGGCAAAUCUGCAUGCCAUUGGUAGCAAAGUCGGAGACAUCUUCGCUGUGGAGGUAUCAGACACGGAUGGUCCAAAUACGGCGGCAUUACUUGUGACCCUUGUUGGUCAAGGUGAAGCGCAAUUGCUAUACGUGGACCCUGAUAGCAACACGAACGUUCUGAGAGUUGUGCAGAUACCCAUUGCAGAAUCUUCAACCGGUUCGGUCAUCACGAGUAUGACUUAUGCAAGAAUACCCGGGAGAGACAUUCUCAUCAUUGGGUUCCGUCGGGGUUCGAUCGCACUGUAUGAAAUCCGUAAAGGUGAGGGGGGUACGGAUGUUGCUAUCUUGCUACGGAUCAUUGAGAAAGCACACGGUGCGGAAGCAGUCACUUCUCUUACAUGGUGUCCCUCAUCUGGAGGCUCCGUAGGCUCCGUACACGGCCACCUGUUCUCCGUAGGAAGAGAUGGGCGUCUCAGCGUACACCAGUUCGAUGCAUCUGCAAACGUUGUCGAGCUGGUGCAUGAUCUUGCGGUACCAUUCGGACCAAACAUUGAAGGUUUAUACUUCCAGGACGACCAUCUCCUCAUACACGGCUUCUCAAGCAAGAAAUGGUAUCUCUACGAUGUCACUAGCGAAGAGCAAGUCAUGAGCAUCGAAACCGGAGGAGCGCAUAGAAGUUGGGCCUUCCGGUCACAUUCGUCGCUAGGAGGUAUCCUAGUAUGGACUCGAGCCUCUAGUAUGCAUAUAUGCAGUCAAAACAGACCGAAUCAUACUGUCGUUCGACGAGGGGGUCAUGGACGCGAGAUCAAGGCGGUCGCAGUUGCAUCGGAGAUGAACGGUAGACCUCACGCGCUCAUCGCCACAGGCGCUGAGGAUACCGAUAUCAAGAUUUUCCGCCAUGUUGAUGAUGAUCUGAUAUGCCAAAGGACUAUUCGCAAGCACACCACGGGGAUUCAGCAUCUACAAUGGUCGCAAGACGGUGACUAUCUGUUCAGCAGUGGUGGCUGUGAAGAAUAUUCCAGCAUCAAGAUCUAUCGUUAUGAUCCUGCCGCUACUGUCACAUGGCAGCCUCUUGGAAAGGGUCUCUACUUUACAUCCUGUUUGACACAGUGCAAGUUCCUCUCUAGAGAAAAGGUCUUGACAGCUGGUACCGAUGGCCAUAUUGUAAUAUGGCCGCUAAUGGCAGAAACCGAACGAUCGCGUGGAAAAUCCACUGGGUCAAAUGAUCAUUUGACAUGGCACCAUCCGGCAAGGAUACAUCAAAGCUCCUCAAAAGCCAUGACAUCCCGAGCCAUUAGUGCGGAUACCUGGCUCAUCGUAUCCGGUGGUGACGAUGGCAGUCUGGCGUGUGUACUCGCACAGUCUACGUCUUUGCCGUCGUCGACUUCGCCUACGACAACCCAUGUUCCGCCACCCAUCCUCCGAACAUUGACAGACAUCAUGGUCGCUACACGUCGCGGUGCGAAAACCGCCCCAGAGGUCGCCUCUGCACCCCCCAACACGCUCAACGCCCCUCCCAAGCGCGGCAGGAAGAAGGCAGUCGAGGGAGCUGCUGAGCCAGCGCCUGCCCCGGCCAAACCCACAAAGACAACUGCUGUAAAACGCAAAGCCAGGGCUGAGCCUGAGGAUGCUGAGCCGCCCAUGGCCAAGAAGACUGUUGCGACAAAGGCCGCGCGCACCAUCAAGGUCCAGACCAGAGCCGCACCCGCCCCUGCUCCAGCAGUGAGGGCGACGCGUGGUCGCAAAGCCGAGGAGCCUGCCGCUACAGAGGAGCCCGAAGCCAUUGAAGAGGCCCCUAAGCCAACAGACGCCCGUACGCGCAAGAUCGCAGCAGUGAAAAAGGCACCUGUACCCAAGGUCGAGAAGCCUGCUGUCGCCCCAGAGCCUGCCGUCGAAGAAACAGCCAAGCCAGCAUCAAGAGCUGUACGCAAAGCACCCGCAAAGAAGACACCCGUUUCCAAGAGCGAGCCUGCAUUUGUCGACAAGACCGUCGCCAGCGAGCCUGCUAAGCCAGCUUCCCGUACACGCAAAGCAGCAGUGCCAAAAGCCUCCGCACCCGCACCCGUCAUUGUACUGAGAGCCACACGCGGUCGUAAUGCCCCUGCAGUCCCACAGGAGUCGCCGCUCAAGGCUCCGGCCCGCAAGCUCACAAAGAAGGCUGCUGUUGUCACUAAGGCGAAGUCUGAGCCAGAGCCGGCCGCUCAAACAGUCGAGGAGCCUGUUGCGGAGAUCAUCGAGCAAUCUGUUGUAGAGGCAGACGAACAUGCAGUCAUUGAAGAGGUGGAGCAGCCUGUCGUGGAGGCAAUCGAGAAACCGUUCGCAGAUUUCCCUACCUACCCGACAACCCCCUCCCACAUCACUGCCCCCAUGACCUCAAGAGAGGCCAUCGCCGAGCUUCCCGGCUACCCCACGACUCCCUCGCAUAUCCUCGCACCUUUGUCGAACAAGGCCGCUCUUACCGAACUCGCAGGAUAUCCCACGACACCUGCGCAUAUUGCUGCACCUGUCGCAAUCGCUACACCCGAGGUUCAGGCCGAACUCAUCGAGCAUGGGUAUAAUGAUAUCGCCAUGAGCGAUGUUGAGGAGAAAGAAGCAGUCGACCAGAUUGAGGCUUGUCAUACUUCUACAGCUGCCGAGAGCGCGGUCGAGGCCACAAUAGAAGUGCCAGAGGGCCCUCAGCACGUCGAGAAUCCGCACAUUGUUGAAGAAUCUGACUGCCAGGGCCGCCAGACUACAGCCGAUGUCUCCUUGACACCGGCUGCAAAGACCCAGGUAUCGGUCCAGCUAAAGACACCAUACUAUGAUGCGACGCCCGCCCAGCGUUCGUGUUCGGAGAUUUCUGGCACUCCACCUGCACAGAUCGUCUGGGGCGUCACCGAUCAGGAAGCAUUCGAGGAGCUUCCUGAGGCGUACCCUGCCACACCCGCCCACAUCAUCGCGCCCAUCACCUCCAAAGCAGCACUGGCCGAACUCCCGGGUUACCCCAAAACACCAGCUCAUGUCAGCGCGCCUGUGACCUCCAAGGCAGCAUUGGCCGAGCUCCCCGAUUACCCCAAAACACCAGCUCAUAUUAAGGCACCAAUGACUCCACGUCGCGCUCUCGCUGAACUGCCCGACUACCCCACAACACCAAGCCUGGCUCUCGAGGCUGCUCUCCAGGAAGAGAUCACUGCUUCAGUCAAGAAACAGACACCGUCACCUAUAAGAUUCUCAACUCUGAAGAACGACUCAUUCGAUCUCGAGGAACCAAGCGAGCUUGCCGACUUCACUGAGCUCACUGAAGCUAGCAAAUACAGUGAGAUCGCACCUACAGACACAUCUAUCGAGGCUUCUCCUUUUAUUACUAAUACAACCAUGCAUCUGGCUCCGCUCAAACUUACACCUACUUUUGCAGCCCUCGAGCCAGUGUCACCGAAGAAGUCCGCGUUGCGAUCACCUCAGAAGGUCAUGGACGCUAAGACUCCUAAGAAGACUGUCGCUUGGACAGACGUUCCAGCAGACGAGAGCGAUCUAUUCCUCUACGAAGGCAUCCUUCAGGGCAUGGUCUUCUACGUCGAUGUCACACGGAACGGUAGGGAGCAGAACUUCUUGUUCCGCGGUCUGCUCGAGGAUCUGGGCGCAAAGGUAGUACAAGACAUAUCGCAUGCGUCUCUUAGCCACGUUCUCUUCAAGGAUGGAAGCAUGUCCACACUGGAGAAGUGCCUUGAAAGCAAGGGAGCCAUCAAGUGUGUCAACGUGGGGUGGGUGUUGGAUAGUGAGUCAAACAAGAAGCGUAUGGACGAAGACCAUUACCUGGUCGACCUAUCCGUUGCGAAGCCAGCAACUCCUCUGCCUACUACUACGGCGAAGCCAUUCACACCUUUCAAGACUCCUUCCAAGUACGCGCUACCUCCUUCAUCCCAGUGCAAGAUGCCUAGCACUCCGACAAGUUCAGAGUUCGAUCGCUCUUUCAAUGACGACAAGGAAAACUGCGAAGUUGGCAUGUUCUUCGACGACAAGAGCCCGCUUGCACCUCGCACACUUCCCGUCAAGAAGUCGUCUUUCUUGUUCAGCAGAUCAGCCAUCAAGACCCCAUCAAAGUCCAUCUUCCUUGGGGCGACGCCAUCGAAAGCGACCUUGUCGGCUAUGAAGCCUGCGCCUCAGGCCUUCACCACUGUCAAGAAGCGCCCCGCAGAGUCUUCCUUCUUCAACAGCUCCCUCGGUCCACCCAAGAAGCUGCGCCUCUUGUAG